GAAAGACCGAACGACGCAGUAGUAUGUCUAAAAAACUAUCUCUUCAGUAGAUUUUAAAUUCCAUAAGCGUAAAAAUCCAGUAUAAAAGCCGGGAAAAGUGGAUAUUAAGUUAGAAGUCUUCUAGUCAGCGAUAAUCUCAUUUGCUAACUGUUUUGCAGAAAAGAGAUACACGAAGAAUGAAGGUUUCCAUUUGUGUAGUUGCCAGUCUGUUGUUGGUGUUCAUUGGAGCAACCAUGGCAGUCGAAGAAAUGAUGGAGAAUAAUGAGCUGGCUCACAAACUUGUAAAGAGAGGAAUACCUGUAACACCAUCAACUCCAUCACAAUGUGGGAAUAAUGGCGAUAGUUGCCGGUCAAAUAAAUGUUGUAUUGGUUAUAGCUGCGUGUACGGAUCCUGCAAGUCAUGUAACCCAAGAAAAUGCAAAAAUACUCGUGACUGCUGUGAUGAUUCUAGCUGCAUUUCCGGAAACUGCAAGUCCUGCACCCCAAGAAUAUGCAAAAAGACAAGAGACUGCUGUAAUGGAUCGAGCUGUGUCUACGGAAACUGUAAGUCAUGUCAAGAAAGAACUUGUACACGAAGCAAUGACUGCUGUGGAGGAUAUACCUGUUCCUACAAGAAAUGCAUACGUUCCAAGAAGGAAUAAGCGCGGAACAGGUGCAAAAAUCUGGUAGAUAGACUGCCUUUGAGUUCCUACGCCUAAAAGGAUUAAUAAUAUAAUAAAAUUCAUUUUAAAUGA